GUCAGUUUCACUCUUUGUCAUUCUGAAGUGGGGGCGGAGGAAAGAGAAAUCCAUUGUGGAAAGCUAUAAAAAGUAAAGGGGGCAGUGGGAGACAGAGCAAAGUGAGAGACUGUCAGAGAACAGUGAGUGUGUGUAGAGAUCUGUGCUAAGGACUUUGUCAGUGAGUUUGUCUAGAUGUCUGUCUGUUUCUGCCUGUGUGAUCCCGACUCCAGGGCUUCAGUCCCCAGGACUCACCCUGUCUGCUUGUCUGCCGGAUGCCUGGAGCCCCUCACCCCAGCACCAGCUAGUCUGUAGGAGGAGAACGUGUCCUUUUCACAAACACUGGCUACAGAGGCUGAGGCAAAAGAAAGAAAAAGAAGACGGGAGGGGAAUAAAAAGGAGGGAGAGAGAGAAACAAAACUAAUCCCAGCCCUUGACGGUGCUGCUUGGAUUGGAUCUGGUUUGAGUUUUCUCCCUGCUGACUUGUGUAGCAAGAGAGGAGGAGUGGGGGGAAAUAAGUAACUGACUCUUCGUCUGAAGUUUGAGCAAACCUGCGGGGUGACUCCACUGGUGGGAAGCUUUCCUGGGUGCAAUUGCCUCAUAGUUUAUUGCUUCCAGUCACUAAAAAAUUUCCUGAACUUCUCAAGAAUCUGGAGGAAAAAGCCGUCACUUCACUUGAUCUGAGUGUUGCUCAUUUCCUAUAGACUGUACUUUUUUUUUAGGGGAUUCUUUUUCCUGUCUCUCCCAGGACAGCGGUUUCCUGAGCAUGUGGCAUUGAAAUCUAUUGAGUUGUUUUGUUAACAAACUUUGGGAGAUUUUUUUUUCUUUUAUCCCUCUGCUGUUUUUUAAAUCCUUUUUUGGUGGGGAGGGGGAGAUGAUGCUGCUGAUAUGGAAUAAGUGCUCCUGCUGUCUCCUCUUACUAGCCAUGAUCCUGAUGGUGGAGAGCUCCCAGCUAGACAGCUCCAGCUCCAAGGUGAACUCGAUCAAGUCCACUCUGAUGGGGGAGGCUCCAACGCAGGCAACCAACAAAUCUGCAGGCAUCCACCAAGGACUGGCACUUGGGAGCAGUAAGAAGGGCAAAAUCCUAGGGCAGAUGGGAAAACCUCCAAAGCACCAUCAUCGGCAAGGAGAGGCAUACCCUUGCACUAAUGAUAAAGAAUGUGAAGUUGGGAGAUACUGCCAUAGCCCUCAUCAAGCUACUUCUGCCUGCAUGAUCUGCAGAAGGAAAAAGAAGCGUUGCCACAGAGACGGCAUGUGCUGCCCUGGGAACCGUUGUAACAAUGGUAUUUGCAUACCAGUAACUGAAAGCAUCCUUACUCCACACAUCCCCGCUCUGGAAGGACCACGCCACAAGAAAAAUGGUCUUUAUUCUAGCAAGGACUUGGGAUGGCAGAAUCUAGGGAGACCACAGUCCAAGCUGUCACACAUAAAAGGGCAUGAAGGAGACCCCUGCUUACGAUCAUCAGACUGCGUUGAGGGGUACUGCUGUGCUCGCCAUUUCUGGACCAAAAUUUGCAAACCUGUGUUGCAUCAGGGGGAGGUGUGUACCAAACAGCGCAAGAAAGGCUCUCACGGCUUGGAGAUUUUCCAGCGAUGUGACUGUGCUAAAGGGCUGUCUUGCAAAGUAUGGAAAGAUGCCACUUAUUCUUCUAAAUCAAGACUUCAUGUAUGUCAGAAAAUCUGAAUGAGGAUUGGAAAAAUGUUACAAACAGACUGUGAAUUUGUGUAUUUGCAUUGCAGCAUGGUCAGAAAUGAGGAUUGUAAAUAAACACAGAAUGGUUAAAGUAAUGAUUGUGGUAGGAAUAGAAAUCACCCCAAAUUGCAUUUGUUUUGAACUGGAGGUUAAUGCGAUGGCGGCUGGAGUUUUUCCAUUAUGCAACUUCUUUGUGUAAAUAAUUUCGACCGUUUGUGGAAAAAAACUAUUAUAAAAAAGCACAAUGGAAAUUAUUGACAUUUAUCAAGCUGCAUGGUCCCAUGACUUUUCAAGAGUUCAGUGUUAGGGAUGGGAUAGGUUUCCACCAUGGUAAUAGACUGUUAAAUAAAUUGUAUACAGCAUAUUCCAACACAAAGCAGUGCUUUACGGAAGACUUUUUCUGUCAACACAUUAUUGGCUACUAAAAUAUUAGUGAUAAAUUGCAGUUGUUAGAGUUGGGAAUAAAAGUUACUGUGAAUGUCCAUACACCUUGUUAAUCAGGGCUGUCACUUGAAAAAGGAAAGCACUCCUGCAGGGCAAGGGUGCUGGAUUUUGCAGGCCCCAGUGGGAGUGGCAAAAUCUCACCACACAGUGAUUUCAAAACACCAGUGGCAGUUCUUCUGAUCAGAGGCAUUUAAACAGGGUUGUUGUUUUUUUUGUUUAAAAUAUAUAUAUAAUUCUAUAAAUAUUUAAACUGAAAUGCCUUAAUCGGUUCAUCUUCAGUUACUAUAAUUAAUAGCUUGUAUUUGUCUCGGUAUACUGCUAGCAUACAUGGGCUGAGCAGAUAAAGCAAAAUAUGUGCAUGAUGCAUCCAGAAUGAUACCCAUUCAGUUGCUCGUAGACCUACUAAAUAUAGUUUUCUUGUCAAAACAUGCUUGCAUUAUGGAUAGUUCCAUAAAGGUAAUAUUUUGAAAAGUUAUAACCUUCCAUAUUCAGAUGUUCAUAACAGAAAUUGUUUUGCAACCUUAACUAUAUGAGAUGCUGCCUGCAUCUGCUACAAUUAGAUUGUAUGCUAAUAAAUUAAAUGUUUUAUACUAUAACAGUAACAAUAGGCUGUUAGUGUAAAUCUGGUUCUUCCAUGAUUUGGAGACGCUAAAAUGGAUUGGAUUCACCUUGCACAGUCAGCAAAAAAUUAAAAAGUUGACUUUUGCAAGCAUCUCAUCGCCUCUCCUAAAGAACAGACAGUAACAUGUGAUGCUGUCAUCUAUGACAUGCUGCGAGCCGUCAUGUGAUGUGACACAACAGCUCAGACUGAAAAGAGAAUAGGUUCUGGUUGAAUGCAUGUUAACAGUUCGGAUAUUGUUGUGAACAGUGGAUUCACAUUGACUACAGUGGAUAAAGAAAUCUGUUAACUUAACUACCCUGUUCGUGAACUGGCUAAAACGAAGGAUGUCCACCAUCUGACUUCUCUCUUAAUGUCUUUGCAUCUCCUCUUACUUUCCUCACUUAUUUUAAGGAAUGUUAUCUGUGUAAACGUAAGUAAAGAGACUGGAAUUUCUUUUAAAAAUAGCAGAUUAUAUAAUUAACUUACUGAAAUAUCUGUUUCCACAUUUUAUAAGACAAUGGCUCUUCCCUUUGGUUAAUCAGUUCCAAACAGCUUGUGUACAGCAGAGUAGUUUACUUUAAUUGUGAAGACCAACUUUUGACUUCUCCUCCCUCCCCCUUUAUGGCACCUUUCCCCUCCCUUGCAUUUCUGUACCAGUGCCUUUUAUACAAAUAAUGGUUCAUAUACAUCUUCUGACUCAAACUUUCUUACUAGAAAUCAGAUCUGAACUACGCUUCCUGUAUCUCUGAUAAGAAUCUAAAUUCCAACGUAUAUACCGGAUUAAAGAGAGUGAUUUAUAGGAUAAUAUUUUUCAUAUGCAAGCCACUUUUUAUUGUUAAAAAGGGAAUGGUCUGUAGAGAUAGGCUUUCGUAUUCCUUAAAAAGUGAUGACUUAAAAAGUCUCACUGUCACAAGUGCUACAUUACUGCAACUCCAGUGACUUCAAUGGAGUUACUUCAGUGCAACUGAGAACAGAAAUAAAGUCUGGAAAGUGAAUCAUUUCAGGAGAACAACUGAAAUAUAGAGGUCAAUUCCGAAACCCUUUUGUACACCAUAACAGCACAUGCAUAUAACAUCAGUCUCACUGACUUCAGUGUGUCUACUUGAUGUGAGUAGGGAGUUGAAGAAUUGUCCCCCCUGGUGAUUUGCAUCUUACGUCCUGACUUCUGCGUAACCUCUCUUUCUCCACACAAAACGUAGUAUUUGGAGUAAUUUAUUUACAGGAAAUGUUUAAUGAGAUGUAUUUUCUUAUAGAGAUAUUUCUUACAAAAAGCUUUGUAGCAGAAUAUAUAUGCUCCCUGAUGACUUUGUAAUUUAGAAAAAUAAUGUAUAAUAAGAUGAAAUAUAUUAAAUGUCCUUUUUCCCAAAAAUAUUUACCCACAUUCCUUGCCUGCUGUUUAAGUGUAGGUCUUUACUGAAUAGGGUGGAUUGGAAGAUAUACUCAGUAUUGCCAAAACCUCAUGAGUCAGGCCCCAAAAUAAGUAGAUUGGCUUAAAAAAUCAUAAGAUAUUUUUAAAAAUUGGGAUUCUUUUGAGUUGUCAUCUGGUUUCUGGAUUUAUAGGGUGUAUUUGUUUCAUAUUUUCAUAUUUUUUACAGCACUGAGAGGGCUAGAAACUUUUUUUGAAAGCUGAGGUUUUCAGGCAGUCUCUUGAGUGCCACGGUUAAAAAAAUAAUAAUAAAAAAAGCCUACCAAAUAUUAUGAAACUUU